AUCGAGCGAAAAUGAGUGAGUGCGCAGAAAACGGAGAAAAGCAAAACAUUCAACAUGUAAACAAACAAACGCAAACAGCAGAGACACACGGACACAACAUUCGCAACACACGAUACACGAAGGCAAGCGGUUGAUAGAUCACGUCAAAGGCAGGACACACCGCACACAAGACACAGAGCACACGCAUCAUAGGUCUUCAAGUCGUUAUUAAAGCAGCAAGAGAUCAGCAUCAUGAGAGAAGUCAUUUCAGUCAACGUCGGUCAAGCAGGUUGUCAAAUUGGUAACAGUUGCUGGGAGUUGUAUUCCAUGGAACAUGGGAUCACUCCUGACGGGUUUUUAGAGGAGGGAUUGACCAAGCCAAGAGGAGGUGAAGAGGGUUUUUCCACGUUUUUCAGCGAAACUGGGGCCGGUAAGUAUGUGCCAAGAGCCUUGUAUGUCGAUCUAGAGCCUAAUGUGAUCGAUGAAGUCAGAACAGGUAAGUACAAGGAUUUAUUCCACCCGGAACAACUGAUCAACGGUAAGGAGGAUGCGGCAAACAACUACGCAAGAGGCCAUUACACCAUAGGCAGAGAGCUUUUGGACGAUGUCGAUGACAGAAUCAGAAAAAUGGCCGAUCAAUGUGAUGGUUUGCAGGGUUUCUUGUUCACGCACUCCUUGGGUGGUGGUACUGGUUCAGGUUUGGGUUCUUUGUUACUCGAGCAGUUCUCCAACGACUACGGUAAGAAGGCGAAGUUGGAAUUCGCUGUCUACCCGUCUCCAAAGGUCAAUGCAUCUGUCGUGGAGCCUUACAAUACUGUUCUUACUACUCACACUACGUUAGAAAAUGCAGACUGUACGUUCAUGGUUGACAAUGAGGCAAUUUACGACAUCUGUCGUAAGAACCUUGGCAUUGCCAGACCAAGCUUUAGCAACUUGAACGCUUUGAUUGCACAAGUCAUAUCGUCUGUUACUGCGUCAUUGAGAUUUGAUGGCUCGUUGAACGUCGACUUGAAUGAGUUCCAAACCAAUUUAGUUCCAUACCCAAGAAUCCAUUUCCCAUUGGUCUCUUACGCCCCUGUCAUUUCCAAGGACAGUGCUAACCAUGAAGCCAACUCUGUCAACGAAAUCACGGCCGCAUGCUUUGAACCGGGUAACCAAAUGGUCAAGUGUGAUCCAAGAAACGGUAAAUACAUGGCCACCUGUCUGUUAUACAGAGGUGAUGUUGUGAGCAGAGAUGUUAUGAACGCGGUCUCCAUUGCCAAGUCGAAAAAGAGUAUGCAGAUGGUAGACUGGUGUCCAACGGGUUUCAAGAUAGGUAUAUGCUACGAAAAGCCUACUCAAUCUCCAGAAUCGCAAAUGGCCGACGUCAAUAGAGCCGUUUGUAUGCUCUCCAAUACCACAGCCAUUGCAGACGCAUGGAAGAAGAUCGACCAUAAGUUCGAUUUGAUGUACAAAAAGAGAGCGUUUGUUCACUGGUAUGUCAGUGAAGGUAUGGAAGAAGGUGAAUUUGCUGAAGCUAGAGAAGAUUUAGCUGCUUUAGAAAAGGACUACAUGGAGUUGGGUGCUGACUCAUUUGUUGAGGACGAAUACUGAGUUCACCAAGCUCAUCACAGGGGGAUAUAAUAAUAGUUUGAUACCUGGUUGAUGCUUUUGCUCAAUUUUUAUUCUCUGUGGUUGUGGUUUCCUUCCCUUUGUUCUCUCACUUACUCACUCACUUCACUAACCUCCCCCAUCCCUUUCUUUCUCUUUCUCUCUCUUUAUCUCUUUGUCUCAAAUCUUUUUUAUCCUUUUACCCCUUUUUCUAUUAAUUUCUAUCUUCCGUUAAUUUUGUUUUCUAUUUCUUCUCCUUUUUCCCUUCUCCUCUAUUUAUAUUUCUCUAAUUUUGGUAUAGAUGAUCUCGUUCCCUAUU